AACUAAGCGGGUACCCUGGGUGAGAUCUUCUACACUGGUUUGAAUCCUGAACGAGACUUAUUCGAUAUGUAUGUAACGAUCUGAGGAAGUAAAUUGUAAGAUUAUAUCCGAAUAUUAAUUAUUAUUAUUAGGAAUGUUUAAAAAAGUAGGUUAUAGCGUAAUUUAUAGUAUUAUAAUAUUAUUUUAUUAAUAAUGUGAGGGUGUCAAAUAAAUAUUUUAUACUUUCAUUCUACAAUAGUUUCAUAUUUAAAAAUAUUAUAUAAACAAGUGUAUAUAUACAUAAUAAUACAAUACUUAAUAAGGUUUCAUUUUUAUACACUUCAUUAGUUUUUCAGUGUCACGAAAGGUUAAUGAGGACAAACAACUCUCCUCUCGCCCAGGUUGUACAUCUUAAAAAGUUAGCACUGCAACUUAUUCGAGUCUAAAUAGCAAUUAUUUUUGUGCUAAAUAGUGCUUAUUCGUAGCCACUUAUUCUUCAGGCAAGGGUCAAAAAUAUUUGAUGAUUGAUGGAACAGAUUUUAAUGCGUAACCGUCCUAUUGUGUAAAACCACAGAUAACAUAACAUUACAUAGUAAAACAUAAGGAAACAUGGGAUGCUUAUAAUUACGGAUAAGAUAAUAUGACAUACCCAUUAUUAAUAAUCUUUUACUUUACUGUAGUGUACUCGCCCAAAAUAUCAAAUUGUUUCUCUUAAUAUUUGACCGUACUACAGUAGGUACUUAAAUAUCUGUAACUAUAAUUAUAUUGAAUUACGAAAUAAUUAAUAUAAACCUUAAUAAAUAUGAGUAUUAAUUGGAUAUUUGCCUUUUUUAUUCUUAACUGAAUCCAUAAGCUUGGUAUAAUCAUGCACAUAAAAAAUAAACUGUGACAGGUGUGUGUGUUCAUGGCUAUGAAAAAACUAGUAUAUACCUAAGUUACACGUGAAAUUUCAGAGGCUUAUUUCUACGAAACUAUUGGAAAUGAAAUAAUACUUUAUCAUUACCAUAUCUUUACCAUUAUGAAAUAAUACUUUAGGGUUUGCAUACACUAAUGGGAAACUACUACUACACAGAGUCUCGUCCCGAAGUGAUUUUCCCACACCUUGUAAAUUAAAAUAGUUUAGGUAACCAUACAUAUAUACUAAAUUACAUUACUAAUAAAUAUUCAGUGUGAAUUACAAAUAAUGGAGGUUGACUUCCAGACACUGUUUACUUAGUUUACUGUCAGUGAGUGAAAUGACAAGACACACAUAGCUACGUAAGAUAUAAUUAUUCCAAAUGUAUUCAUUUAUAUUUAGCGAGCGUUAUGAACUUGUCACAUAUCUAUAUACUUAUGCAACUUAAUCGUCAAUUGGAUAAGACGAUUAUUUACUUAUAUUUAUACAGGAUUAUCCUAUUAUAUAAUGAAGAAUGUGCAAAAGAUAUUAACGAGUAAAAUAAAAAUAUAUCAUAAAAAUUCAGCUGUAAAUUUUCAUUAAAUUAUAGAUGAAAUAAGAACGGUUAUAGAUAUAAAAAGAAAUGUAAUAACAAAAAUAUUUUUUACUUCAAAUAUGCAUAGACGUAAUGAAAAGAAACUGCUCUUUGUAACUAUAAAAUAGUCUGUAGUCACAUUCAAUAUUACAAAUCUGAAAAUGUGUCUAUUUGUUACCUUUACGCAACUAAAUGGCUGAAUGAAUAUUAAUAAAACUACCAUGAAGAAAUAUUGUAUCACUAUUUAAGGUUGGGUAGCGACGGAAUGUCUUUUAAUGAAAGUAAUAAAUAAUACUUACCACAUUUUUUCUAGACUUAUAUUAAUCACAACCUUACAAAAGACAAAACUUAAAACUGAAAUUAUGAAAAUGUAUAAAAAACAUACGUCAAAAAUAGAAAAAAAAUGACGUGUUUUUUAUACAAUGAAAUCAUCAAAACGUGUAUCUCAAAACGAGGGUGGAUUUAGACUAGCUCUCUUAUUAACUGAUCUCAAAAAUGAAUAUUUAGUUGGGGUGAAAUAUGUCAAAUACAAAAGUUGGUAUUAAAAACAGUAAAGUCGCGGGUAACAGCCGUAGCAGUGCUUUGUAGUGUAUAUAGUACAAUAAGUAAACGUAUGUUUGCAAACAAAACACCAACUUUUGUAUCUGUGAAAUACCUAUAACAUUAUUAUUCGUUUAAGAUAUAUAUAAUUUUUUCAAAGUAUUACUACUUAUGUAAAGUUUGUUCAUUAUUUUAUGAUAUACAUAUAAAUGUUUAUGACUAUCCAAUAUGUUAUCAAAAAUGUCCAUGACGUCGUAGGUAACCUAACAAUGCAGUUGUAAUCAAUUUCCUUCAUUACUUAUUUAUUAUCGACUAAUCUACUUGCUUUGAUAAGGAGUAAAAGGAGUCAUAUUUUUAUGAAUGUAUUUUUUAAUAUUAGUGUCACUUUAUUUCUCGUUGGUCACACAUGAAGACACACAUUUUUGUGUCUGUCUCAAAGUGGAUAUAACUACAAAUAUCGUUAAGCGUAAUGUAGAUAAAAAUAUUGUGCACAUUUGGAAUGUGAAAGACACUACUACAAUAAGUUUCAGAAUACAGCUGUGAUUACAAUAGGUGUUUUUAUUUAAUUCUAAGACAUCGUGAUGGGUAUUGUGACGUCAAAACGAUCAAAAAAGCAGCCGGACAAUAUAUUUGGAAGGGCGCGAUGGAACGAGCAGAAGCGAGAUCACAGCGGAAAAGUGAAAGCAAAUCCGGGAAACAGAAGGUCGCGUGCAUUAGAACAACCCGUGAAACCAGCAGGAAUGGCACCGACGCCGCUGGUGGCGCCCGCCACGCCGCCGCCUGCUCACAUCCGCUCCUAUGACGACGAUGCCCUGGAUAAUAUGCGACGUCAGCUGCGUUUUGACACUAAUGCUUUUUUACUUAACAAUAUUCUACUCUCGGUGCAGUUCUUCGAUAAUUAUGAAAGGGAACUCCACCAUAUGCAGACGAACACGGUGGAUCAGGAGCAUGAUAUUAAUGAGGCUAUGGUUGCACAUCAUAAACACGUAUUCUUCGCGGACCGUUUACAAGAAUGCGUACAUGAAUUUGUACGUUAUCAUGGGAAAGAAGGUCUUAAUGAACCGCUGCUAUCUUACAGACUCUUCGUCAUUUAUGACAAUGUAGAGGCCUGUGAACCAGGUGACACAUCAGACUACAGUGCAGUUCUUGAUGCUCCAUUUUAUAAGUUAUGCAUACAAGACAGUAAAGAACCAGGAUUCGUCAAAUUGAAGAAGUUAGAGGUUUUAGAAAGUGCAAAUGCGAAAGAAACCGAUAAAAUUACACAAAGUAAAAUAGAUUCUGAUGACACUGUAUAUUCAGAUUCAGAACGAGAGUCUAAUGCAUCAGAUGAUUUUCCGUCCACAUUUAAAGGAGAAGAUUUAUUGGAUAGUAUAAAACUCAGAAUAAAGGAAAAUUCCACAGAGAAAAAUUUAAUAUAUAAUCAUAAUAAGAAAAUAAAUGAAAGUACGCAUACGGUAGAUAUAUCGAAUAGAAGAUCCAGUGGCCCUAUAAAAAAAAUUAGUGUGCAAGCGCAGAAGAGUAGUAUUUCUAAUAUUAGAAAUAUGCGUAAAGUAAAUUCUACAUUAGGAGAAAAUAUGGAUAAUAGAAAUCAAAGUCAACAUAAAGCAACCACAAAAGAAACAAUUCAUGAUAAUGAAUACCCCAAGAAAUCUAUAUUGAAAAAUAAUACUCGUAAUAAUACAAUAAGUGGCCCAUCAAGGGAUGAACAAACUAUGUUAUCUUAUAUCGACACUAAAGCUGAAGAUACUGAAACGUCUGGUUAUAGAUCUACUUCUAAUAGCAGUCGCCUUAAUUCAUUGAGUGAAACAGAAUCCGACUAUGGAUAUUCGACUAUUACUGAAUCAACCACCCCAAAGAGAAUUGAACUAAGUAUGCUAUCAAAUACUUCCUUAAUUUCUGGUACUUUGCCGGAAAAUUCUUGGAUUUCAAUAUAUACCCGAGCCGAUCAUUGGAAUCAAGAAGAAGAAGAAGAAGAAAAUAAUGAAGACAUAGAGCCUAAAGUUUCUGAACUUCAUUUGUAUGAGACUCAUUACUAUUUAAGUUCUAUGAGGUUUAUGAGAAAUUUUGUUGAUAUUUUUAUUACGGAUCUAGGUACCAGUUUAGGUUUAUCACAAGAGUCUAUUAAAAAUGCAUUAUCUCAAGGCGCAAGUAUUUAUUGUGACACAAUAUUAAAUGGAAAAGAAAAACGCUAUGAAGUAUAUCCAGCUCUUAUAGCAGCCUGGCCAAACGCUGCUAAUCAAUGGGUCAUUCGAGAAAGAAAAAUAAUUCAGAAUCCUAGAACCAAUUUCAGUUAUCAGUGGCCUACUAAACAAAUGGUUCAUAAAACUAUCGACUUUGGUUGUUUUCUUGUACCAAUUGGGUACAGACCUAAAAGAGGAUUAAAUUCUGAACAACAGUUGCAAUGGAAAGUAAUAUUUCCAGCAGCUGAACGUUUUUUAGAUAAAUGUUUAGCUCAUAGUCAUAUCAGAUGUUAUUUGUUUGCAUUGACUUUGUUUAAAACGUUUUUGGAAGGCGAAACAUCAAAAGUAGGGAUAGAUGCGAGUCACAUAAAGAAUCAUUUGUUCUGGCAAUGUGAAGACAAUUUUGCAAAAUGGCCAGAAGAUCGCCCUGGUGAAUCACUAAGAUUAUUUUUAGAAACAUUUUAUGUGCAUAUGUGUCAAAAAAGAUUGCCAAAUUAUUUCAUAAAUAAUUGCAAUGAAUUCAAAAGCAUUCCUAGACCAUUACUAAUGUCACUCCAAAGAACGUUAAAAAAUAUUUUAGAAAGCCCAGUACCACACGUUUUACAUGCGCUGGACAAAAUAAAAUAUGUCAAGAAAGAUUUUUACCCCAAAUUGAAUUGUCGUAGACUUUAUGCAAUUUUAACCUGUAAAAAUCUAAUGCGAGUUAUUAAUCCAGCAAUCGUCACUCCGGCUCCAGUACAAUCUAACGACAGUGAUAGUGACGAGAAGAAUGAGCAAAUUUUAACCGAAUAUGCUAAAGCACAGGAUCGGUCAUAUCGAUGGAAGAAAGAACAACUUAGACGAGUGGAAGAAAGUAAAAAAAAUGUAUCUCUGAAACAGAAGACUGCUGUCAAACAGAAAAAUGACAUAAAUCCAAAUGUCGUACUUCCGGCAAAAAUGGAAGCAGAACGCCGGCGUUUAGUACUUGAAUUUUUCAUACCUCAUUUUAUUGCUAUGUCAAGAUCAAGCGAAAAGUUUGAAGCAAUAGGUCAAGCCAUUAUAUACUUGGAACAAGCUCAAAGACUUUGCUUACUUUUAUUAGAGGAGCCUGGAGGUGACAUAGCGGCAAAUGAAUAUAUGGACGUAAUUCGUGACAAACUAGUAGACUGUCAACGUAAAUUAGCCAAUCAAGUAGGCUAUAAACUAACAAUGAGAAGAGAAAGCAAUGCUGAUCGCCCGCUGCCAAAGGCAAUCACGAAACGCAGGCCGAAAUUUGAUAAUAUUAAUGGCAAUAAUUCCCCUACUAACGCACCUACCAUUACACCGUUUACUUUUGUAGAAAUUCAUGCGGAUGAAGUAUCCUCUACUCAUGUAAAGCUUACGGAUACAGAAACAGAAGAAGAAUCAAGAUUAUGAGAAGAUAAAAAUAUAGGAACGCUAGAUAUACAUAG